AUGCCUUCUAAUUUCUUUGAAUACGAAAAGCAGAAUAAUCGGCUGGUUCGAACUUUGCGGGAGAACAAACAGUUUGCAUCGAUUGUCAAAACAAUAAUUGAUAAUGAUGCUGUGUUACUGUUCCCUCACGAUCAGAGCGUAGCCUCGUGUUUAUCAAAUAUUAAAAAUCAUUCUCUGUUUAGUAAACCAUCAUCGACAUCAAACAGUGCAACUACUCCGAACAUUGAUUUCAUGCAGAGUCAUAUUGCGUUUGUCAAUCAACACAAUCCACAUCAAUUUAUUACGAUGAAUGGAAUAAGAGGAAUAUUUACGGAAGAUUUCGGAGCAAUUCAAAUACUUCAAGGCCCACCCACUGGAGAAGAAUGUAUUAGCUUUUUCCAAGAACCAAAGUCUUUAUUUACUUACAAAAAUAGUGAAACUGGAAAGUGUUGCUUUGAUCCUCCCUAUGACGUUAAGGCAAAAAUUCAAAUAUUAAGAAAGGGAGAAGUCAAUCUAGAAGAAAACAUCAUGAGUCCACCGUCACAACCAGCAAGUAACACUUCAAAUUAUUGGAUUGUGGGAUCGCCUGAAAUUCAAAAAGACAAAACUCUUCAUUUAGAAGAAAAAUCUAUGAAUUUAGAUUCAGUACAAGUCAAACUCUAUCUAAUAUCUAAUCCUAUCACCUAUGCUGGAUGUUCAUGGACAGAUGACGAAAAACUAAGUUCACACAAUGGCAAUGAGAAAAAAUUUACUCGAUCCUAUUCCAUGGUCUUUGAUGAUUCCGAAAAUGAUUUUGUUUCUGUAGACAAGAAUAAUUCUCCUCUCGGAUCUCCCCAAACAAGAUCUAUUGAUAUUCCAUCAAAAAAGCCUGGAUCUGGGUUAUCCAACUCUGUACCAACAUAUUCAUCAUCUAUGGAAGAUCAUUUCAUGACAGAUAAUGUGGAAUUACCUGCAGAUGAAUCUGAAUCAUUAUUUAUCAAAACAGCAAACAUGAAAAACAAAAAUCAUGCUAAUAAUACUCUCGCCUCUCCAAGAAAUGUAAAUACCAACAACAAAAUUAAUCAACUUAUUGAUUCACAUAAUGGGAAUUCAAAUGACCUUUUUCAAAAGAAAUCAGAUCCUACAGAAACAACCUCUGCUUUUAAUGCUGAGAAAAAAGAUUACAAAUUUGAUUUUAAGGCCUUUCUUCAAAAACUUAAAGACAAAUCGGUUGUACAGCUUACACGAAAAAUCAAGUCAUUUACUUUUGAGAUUUCAAAUAAGGAAUACAAUCCCAAUACUCCGAAAAUUGUGCAAACAUUUUUGACAGAUAUUAUGCGAGAAAUAUCACAGCAUGAGCAAUGGAAGAAUGCUACGGAACAAGAUCUGAUGAACGCAAGAGAAGGAAUUGAGAAAUAUGUCAUGACCAAAAUAUUUUCCAAAGUUUUUUCUCCAACAUUGGAAGAUAUUGAGAUUGACAAUCAAGUUGCCUCAAGAAUUUCCAUGUUUAAGAGAGUGAUAACACCAAAAAAUCUUGAUAUCACACCCAAGCUAGUAGAAGACGCCCUUUUUGUGAAAGCUGUUGAAGAGCUCAAAAAGAUCACAUUUUACAAAACACCAAGAGAUAAGCUAAUUUGUGUUUCUAACUGCUGCCAUUUAACCAUGAAUCUUUUGAAAAAAGUAAUGCAAGAAUUAGAUGCGCCUGGCGCUGAUGAUUUUGUACCUUUAUUAAUCUUUAUUGUUCUUAGAUCCAACGUACCUCAUUUACACUCUAAUAUCAAAUAUAUUCAAGAAUACAGAAAUCCACAAAGUUUAGAAGGGCACACAGGGUAUUUCUUGACCUCACUUGAAUUAGCGAUGGCCUUUUGGCUUUCAUGUGAUCAUACUCAGCUCAACAUGGACGAAUCAACCUUCCAGCAAGUAAUCAAUUUUGAAGAUGUUUUUGGAAAAGCUAUUUCUACAACGGAAGAACAUGAAAAGAGAGACCGUAAUGUUAAAACAGUGGAUAAUGUUACUACACAACAAGAAGAAAACGCACUUAGGGCACCAAAUAUGAUCGAGGGAGGUGCUUCCUCUCAAAAUCACAAUGCAGAAUCCUCAGUCGAUAACGCAGUACAUGACAAGGAAAAGAAAGAAGUUGAAAAGUCUUUCGCUGACACGCAAGAGAACACAAUAAUCCCUGUGUCAUCAAGUGAUACGGCAACCACAGCGCAACCAUCUCCAUUCAACAAUGAGUCAGCAAGCAGCACGGAGCUCAAGGCUGAAUUUGUGCCAAAUUCAAAACAAGAAAUUGUAAAUAGCAGUGAUCUGCCAACUGAGGACCAAGCCAAAGUUGUUGAGAGCAGUAUCCAUGCUGAAGACAAGUGGGAACAUCUUGUGUAUUUUGUCAACAAUACGAAUCUCCCUAAGCUGAACUUUGAAAAAGUUCAAGUGCAGGAUCUUUGUAUUCGUGAUUUGGAGCACUUAAUGAACGAAUAUAAGAAGCUAGCUAGCAUUUACAACUUUAUCAAAAAUCAAAUGAGUAAUAGCAACAAUGAAUAA